AUGGAGAAAGGCGCGCAGCUGCUCUCCAAGAGCGCGGAGGGUCCGGCGGAGGACGUCUCCAAAAUGACCGACGAGGAGCUGCUGAAGUGGGGCAAAGAGGAGCUGGUGCGGCGGCUGCGGAGGGCGGAGGCGGGGAAGAGGAGCGCCAUCGUGGAGCACGGCAAUCUGAUGCGGGAGGUGAACCGGAGACUCCAGCAGCACCUGAACGAGAUCCGGAGUUUAAAGGACGUGAACCAGAAACUGCAGGAGGACAACCAGGAGCUGCGGGACCUGUGCUGCUUCCUGGACGACGACCGGCAGAAGGGGAAGCGGGUGUCGCGCGAGUGGCAGCGCCUCGGCCGCUACAGCGCCGGCCUGAUGAGGAAGGAGGUGUCCAUCUACCUGCUGAAGCUGAAGGAGCUGGAGCAGCGGCAGCUGGAGGUCGUCCGGGAGAACCUGGAGCUCAAGGAGGUGUGCCUCAUGCUGGAGGAGGAGAGGGUUGCGGCCGUGGUCGGAGGAGGAGGGCCCGGAGGCCCCGGACGAAGGAGCUCCGUUGAUAGUCAGAGCAGCCUCUCUCUGGGUGGGGGGGCCCCGGCGCCUGGACUGCUGCGGGACGUCGGCGACGGGAGCAGCACCUCCAGUGCGGGGAGCACCGAUGGCCCCAACAACCCCCACCUGAAGGCCCCCACGCUGGGCUCCAAGCAAACCCACAAACCAGAAGACGUGUGCCCGUCCACGGGCAGGAGGCACAGCUCCACCCCAGAGUACCACACCUUCCCCCAGUCCUACCGCCCCCGCGGGGGCUCCCUCACCAACGUGGACCCGCUUGGCCCUCGGGGACGCAGCCCGGAGAAACCCGGCAAGUCCCCCACCAGGCCACGGGGAAACUCCCACGCCAAACCCUGCAGCUCUGACCUGCUGGCCCACAAACAGCUGUCGAUGUCAGGGCAGGCGGCGCCGGGUGGCGGGAAGAGCUCGGCCCAGUCCAGCCCGGAGCUGAGUCAGAGACACCGGUCGGUCCACGCGGCGGGGGCGGGCUGCGGGGGCCCCGAGGCCAAGCCGGCAGCGACGGGGACGCCGGAGCACCUGAGGAAAGGGCGGGUGGUGGUGGGUAGUCCGGAGUCGAUACGGCACCACCACCACCACGGCCCGGGGGUGGAGCACGGCAAGGGGAGGUACGGCAGUGGCUCCCCCGGCCGGGACGGGAGUCAGAGGAGGGCACUGGGAGAGGAGAUGGGCCCCCACCACCAGAGCCUGUACAACGCUCUGAUAUCCGCUGGUUGCUGCACCAACUCCUGUAGGAACGUAAAGCUUUGGGACAGCUUUGAUGCCUCCUGACCAUUGACCUGCCUCUCGAACAGAUUGCCCGAAGAGGAGGCGAGAUGGAUAGAAGACGGAGGCGUGAACCGGACAGAGAAACAAUCGUCACCUCUUAAAAACCAAGCGAGGGCGCCGAUGAGGGAGACGAGGCUAUAGGACCCUGGGAACUCUUCAACCUGCUGCUGCUGCUAUGCAUUCCCCCCGCGGACCACCAGAAAAGACGGAGGGCUGCUGCCAAAAACAAAGAGAGGACGACGGGUGAAGGCAGUUGAGAAUCUUGUCGUGGCCAAAAAAAGGUUGUCCGAAGUUUUUGGACCCGUCAGAACCUCACCACGGAAGAAUGACACGACGCAAUGUGAUCCAGGCGGUGACGGCUUUUCCCAAGGCAUCGCGGACCUGGAGAUUAUGAGCACAAAAAGAAGUUACUGCGUCAAUUUGAAUUUAUUCAAGAGACGGUCGUCUUCUGUCACAGCUCUGGUUUUAGAAGCUUCGAGGAGCAAGAGGUCGGAUAAUCAGAGAGGUCGUCAACGAGAAGGUUUAUUUAGAGGCUCUACUGAAAAAAGGGGAUAGGAAUCCUUCAGCGCACACAAGGACCCAGGAAAACCUGCCAAUGGGGGUCUGGUGGCUUCACUCCAACAUUCCUGUUUCCUAACUUCAUCUGCGACAGUUAGUCGAUUCGUCAUUGACAACCGACUGGAUGAUCUAUUUAACUUUGACUUGUAAUUGUUUAAAUAGAAUGCCAAAAUUCUUUAAUCUCAGCUUUUAAAAUGUGAAUAUUUUGUGGCUUCAGUCUUUUAGAUUUCGAACCGUGGGGCAAAACUAGGACAUCACGUCCUUGGGUUUUUUGGUAAAUUAUGACUAAUUCAGAAAAAACAAUUCAUUUAAAAGAAUAAUCUACGGAUAAUGAAAAUUAUUGUUGUUGCAACACUCAUCUCACAAAUAUCGGCCUUGUUACGGUUUACUCACAGAGCUGAGAUUACAGAUUCCUCCUGGUGCUGACUUCCACCAGAGAACCCCUGGAAGGCUUUUAUUGUGAAAAAUAUCCAUAAAUCCAACGUACCUUUUGUCCACCAGUGAACUCCAUGAAGGCUUUUAUUGUGAAAUGUUUUCAUGAAUCCAACGUACCUUUUUUCCACCACUAAACCCCCGAAAGGCGUUUAUUGUGAAAUAUUUCCAUAAAUCCAACGUACCUUUUUUCCACUAGAGAACCCCUAGAAGGCUUUUAUUGUGAAACAUUUGCAUAAAUACAACAUACCUUUUCCACCAGAGAACCCCUAGAAGGCUUUUAUUGUGAAACAUUUGCAUAAAUACAACAUACCUUUUCCACCAGAGAACCCCUAGAAGGCUUUUAUUGUGAAACAUUUGCAUUAAUCCAACAUACCUUUUCCACCAGUGAACCCCUGGAAGGCUUUUGAACGGAAAUUGAACGUUCAUCGUUGCUCAUGGUUUAGCCUGACAUGAGUAACUUCACCCAUUAUUUAAAAAAUAAUCAUAAAUACGAUAAACUCUGAUGGAUGUCGGCCACUUCUGCUAAACUGAGGAUUUUUUUAAAGGUUGUAUUUAUUUCCCCUUCGGACUUUUUCCACCAGAUCUCAGCCAAUCCCUUGAUUACACCUUAUUUGAUCAACAUAAAUAUAAUGAAACUUCCAUAACCGACUCAUUGUUUGAGUCGCGUUAUUCUUUUCAUCAACCUGAAUAUCUUUUGCUUUUUAUUACCGUUGAUCAGGAAAAAAACGUCACAAUGGGCAGAAGAAACUAAAAUGGAAGAUAAUGGUCGGAUGCAGCCGUCAACCGGAUGAGAACCGUGUUGUUAUUAUUACUGAGUCAGCCAGACUGUAAUAAAGAUGAAUUACAUUCAAAGACAAACGCAGCAGUUCAUUAAAAUGGAUAGAAGUCGACGCAGCAGUUACCAGCACAACAUGUGUGUGUGUGUGUGUGUGUUGUUGUUGUUUAGGGGAGGAGCUUCACUCUGGUAGUGCUCCUCGGUCAGCUUGUGCGUCCUUCAGUUCCCGGUGUUAAAGUAUUCUCACCCUUAUGUCAGCGUCCAGUCAUAUAUAUGGUGUGUGAGUGAGUGUGUGACUGUGUGUGUGCGUGAGUGUGUGUGUGUCUGUGUGUAUGGGGGGGUGUUAGAGUGUGUGUCUAUGAGUGUGUGAGUAUAUGAGUGUGUGAAUAUGUGAGUGUGUGUGUGUGUGUAUCUGUGUCUGUGCAUUUUCUAAGGGAAUAAAUCAAGAGAGAAGUAGAGUCAUUUCUAUAGACUUCUAUACAACCAGAGGAGUCGCCCCCUGGUGGUCAGUGGAGAGAAUGCAGAUUUAACACAUGAAGCAUAGACUUCUAUACAACCAGUGGAGUCGCCCUCUAGUGGUCAAGAGAGAGAAUGCAGCUUUAACACAUGAAGCAUAGACUUCUAUACAACCAAAGGAGUCACCCCCAACCAGAGGAGUUUCCCCCUGGUGGUCAAGAGAGAGAAUGCAGCUUUAACACAUGAAGCAUGGACUUCUAUACAACCAAAGGAGUCACCCCCAACCAGAGGAGUUUCCCCCUGGUGGUCAAGAGAGAGAAUGCAGCUUUAACACAUGAAGCAUAGACUUCUAUCCAACCAGAGGAGUCGCCCCCUGGUGGUCAGUAGAGAGAAUGCAGGUUUUAUGACACCCCCGCUUCGACUUCCUUCAGUUGCCGCCUUUUGUUAAAUUUCGGGAAGAGUUAACAGCAACGAAGUGUGAGCCAAGAGACUCGUGUGCAGUCGUCAACUUCACGAUAACUUCACGUCAACUUCACAUUAACUUCACGUCAACUUCACUUAUAAUAUAUAUAUAUAUAUAUAUAUAUAUAUAUAUAUAUAUAAAUGUCUUUUCACCACCAGAUGAAGGGAUCAGGGUGCGAUGAAUGCUUUUGGAAAUGAGAGAUUUUUCCUUGGUGCUCACACAGGCCGAUAACAUCCACCAAUAUUUAUCCUGAAUCCAUAAUGUAAUGUAAUCUUUUUUUAAAUUGAAGAAUUAUAAUAUAUUAUCAAAGACAUUUCUGUUUUUAAAAGUCAAGAGUAUUAUAUCUGCUUAG